AUGCCGCUCGACGCCGCCCCCAUCAAGCCGCCGGCCUCGGUCCAGCAAGCCGCGCAGGGCCGCAGGGGCAACCGCCAACGCGAGCAGCAGGACGUCAGCCAUCUUCUCGGCUUCACGCUGCCCCCUCGAGCGCCACCUCCACCUCCGACGCACCUCCCUCGUCGCUCGACCCGCCGAGCGUCUCACUCGGGCGCAGGGCACGGCACUGCGGCCUACACGCGCGCUCGCUUCGUCCACCAGUUCCGCUUUGUCGUUGCCCCCGACAAGGACUACACGGCCCACUUCGCCGACCCCGACAUCCACCUCGAGUGGGCCGACAUCCUCCAGGUCAUCCUCCCGACUGGCGGCGGCGCCCUUAACGCCGUCGCCACCGCCAAGCUCGACCAGGCCGGCGAGGGCGGCAGGCCCGCUUGCCCCAUCUGCCUCAGCGAGCCGACCGCUGCCCGCAUGACCAAGUGCGGGCACGUCUUCUGCUACCCGUGCGUGCUGCACUACCUCGCGCUCGCCGACCCGGGCACGAAGUCGCGCAAGUGCCCCGUCUGCCACGACUUCAUCCACGCCAAGGACCUCAAGUCGGUCAAGUGGUUCGACCCGGCCAACAGCUCGGCUCGCCCGUCCUCCCCUCCUUCCGCCGUUCCUCCCAGCCUUCCUCCCGCCGAGCAUAUCGACGCCGACCUCGCCCGAGCCCUCGAGCUCUCCCGACUCGACUCGCUCCCGUCGUCCAGCACCCCCGCACCGCAACAGCGCGAGACGCUCCGCAUGCGCCUCAUCCGCCGACCACAAAUCACGACGCUCGCCCUCCCUCGUUCCCCCUCUUGGCCGUCCGAGGCCGUCCCUCCCCUCCGUGCGCCGUGGCAGUUCACGCCCGACGCCCUCGCCUACGCCAAGUUCAUGCUCGGCGCGCCCGACUACAUCCACGACGAGCUCGUCUCGCAGCGUGGCGAGCUCGAGCGCGAGCUGGCGGGCCUGCGCCGCCUGCGCGCUCGAGGUGGGCCCGGCGCCGGCGACGACGAGCUCGGCGUCGUCUUUGUCGAGGACGCCCUGCGUCGUGUCGAGGAGCAGCUCGCCAAGUGCGACCUUCUCAAAACGACGAGCGUCAUGACGGCGCGCAAGAAGACGCUCCGCGAGCUGCAGGCCGUCGUCGAGCGCCACGCGGCCGGCUCGAGCGAGCAUCAGCUCCCGCCCGUCACCGACACGAGCGCGAGCGAGCUCGACGGCGAGCCCGAGGCGAGGGCCGUGCACGCUCCUGCGCCGCCCGUCCCCGUCGUGCACGACCCGAUCCCGCUCGACUUCCUGCACUCGCGCGGCGGCGGCAGCGGGCCAGGCCUCGCCGCCUUGUCGUCGACGGCGACGCCGUUCGUGCCCGGCGGCGGCGGCGCGGCGACGACGACGAGCUCGAGCCUCGCACCACCCGUCGCGCCGCUCUCGCCGCCGCGCAAGUCGCCGUACCAGCGCCGCAACGUGCACCCGCCGCCAGCCGAGUCGGACGACCCGGCGUACUACUUUUACCAGGCGGCGUCGGGCCAGCCCAUCUUCCUCCAGCCGCUCGACAUCCGCAUCCUCAAGUCGCACUUUGGCACGUACCAGGCCAUGCCGGACGAGCUCGUCGUCCCGAUCGAGGGCGCCGACGAGGGCAGCAUGAACGCCGAGCUGCGCCGCCGGUGCAAGUGGCUCGCGCACCUGCCCUUGUCGAGCGACGUCGUCUUUGUCGAGGCCGACCUGUCGCACCUCGUGUCGCGCCGCGCCAUGGAGCCGUUCCAGACGGCGCUCAAGCAGCGUCGCACCAAGCGCCGCGACAAGGCGCGCAAGGAGGACCGCGCCAAGGUGCGCGCCGAGGAGAAGGCGCGCGAGCAGCUGCCGCAGUUCGCCGAGUCGUUCGGCGCGUACGGCGCGGCCGGCAGCGACGGCCUGCCAUGGGGCUUUGCCGCCGCGCACUCGUCGAGCUGGGACGACGUGCAUGCCUUCCCGGCGCCCCCGUCGGCGGCGCGAGGCGCUCAGGCCGCCGCGCCGACCUCGGGCGACGAGGACGCUGGCGGCGGCGGUGGCGGCGGGCGCAGCCGACCGAGCUUUGCCUCGACGUUGCACGCGAGCUCGCGCCCGUCGUGGACGGCUGCAGCAGGAGGAGGAGCAGGAGGAGCAGGAGGCGGGGCGAGCAGCAGCUGGGACGACGCGUUCGACGACCGGUGGGGCGAGUUCGAGGAGCGGCUCGGGCGGCAGCGCGCAGCGGGUGGAGGGACGCCGUCGCCGGCGAGUGCGGGCACGCCGGCGCGCAACGUAAACGUGAGCGAGGGCGGCGGGCAGGGCAAGAAGGGCAAGGGCGGCGGCGGGAGGAAGGGCAAGGUGACGCUGAGUCUGACGGCGGGGAGGUAGAGCGGCCCUCUCUCUUUCUUCUGCGACUGUAGAUCUCGCGCUCUCCCCUCGCACAUAGCUCUCUCGCACACCCCUCUUGUCGGACCCUGUCGUCUGUAUUCACAAUCAACAAGCAUCGCC